AUGGAUAGUAGCAUCCACCUGAGUAGUCUGAUCAGUCGGCAUGAUGACGAAGCCACGAGAACAUCGACCUCAGAAGGACUGGAGGAAGGUGAAGUGGAGGGAGAGACGCUCCUGAUUGUCGAAUCCGAGGAUCAGGCAUCAGUGGACUUAUCGCACGACCAGAGUGGGGAUUCCCUCAACAGCGAUGAAGGAGACGUGUCUUGGAUGGAGGAGCAGCUGUCCUACUUCUGUGACAAGUGCCAAAAAUGGAUACCAGCCAGUCAGCUGAGGGAACAGCUCAGUUACCUUAAGGGUGAUAAUUUUUUUAGGUUUACUUGUUCGGAUUGCUCAGCAGAUGGCAAGGAGCAGUAUGAAAGGCUGAAGCUGACAUGGCAGCAAGUCGUCAUGUUGGCAAUGUACAACUUGUCUCUGGAAGGAAGUGGACGUCAAGGUUAUUUCAGGUGGAAAGAAGAUAUCUGUGCUUUUAUUGAGAAACAUUGGACUUUUUUACUAGGGAAUAGGAAAAAGACGUCUACCUGGUGGAGCACCGUGGCAGGUUGCCUCAGCGUGGGAAGUCCCAUGUACUUCCGUUCAGGUGCUCAGGAAUUUGGAGAGCCAGGAUGGUGGAAACUUGUUCAUAACAAGCCCCCAACGAUGAAACCUGAAGGAGAGAAGUUGUCUGCCUCUGCUUUGAAAAUAAAAGCAGCCUCAAAACCAACUUUAGAUCCCAUCAUUACUGUUGAGGGACUUAGAAAACGAGCAAGUCGGAAUCCUGUGGAAUCUGCCAUGGAAUUAAAAGAGAAAAGGUCUCGAACUCAGGAAGCAAAAGACAUUAGAAGAGCCCAGAAGGAGGCCGCUGGCUUUCUUGACAGGAGCACAUCUUCUACCCCUGUAAAAUUCAUAAGCCGAGGCCGCAGGCCAGAUGUGAUUCUGGAAAAAGGCGAAGUGAUUGACUUUUCCUCCUUGAGCUCCUCUGACCGCACCCCGCUGACAAGCCCAUCUCCUUCUCCUUCUCUGGAUUUCUCUGCCCCUGGUACACCUGCCUCUCAUUCUGCCACACCUAGCUUGCUUUCAGAAGCAGAUCUGAUUCCAGAUGUGAUGCCCCCACAAGCCUUGUUUCAUGAUGACGAUGAGAUGGAAGGCGAUGGAGUCAUAGACCCAGGGAUGGAGUACAUCCCACCCCCUGCUGGGUCAGUAGCUUCUGGGCCAGUGGUUGGGGGCAGAAAGAAGGUCAGAGGCCCUGAACAGAUAAAGCAGGAGGUAGAGAGUGAGGAGGAAAAACCCGACAGGAUGGAUAUUGACAGUGAAGACACAGAUUCAAACAUAUCUUUGCAAACAAGGGCUAGAGAAAAGAGGAAGCCUCAGCUGGAGAAGGACACAAAGCCGAAAGAGCCCAAGUAUACUCCCGUGAGCAUCUACGAGGAAAAGCUGCUGCUCAAGAGGCUGGAAGCUUGUCCCGGUGCUGUUGCCAUGACUCCGGAAGCUCGGAGACUGAAACGCAAACUGAUUGUCAGACAAGCGAAAAGGGAUAGGGGAUUACCACUUUUUGACUUGGAUCAAGUUGUUAAUGCUGCUCUUUUGUUAGUUGAUGGGAUUUAUGGAGCCAAAGAAGGAGGAGUUUCCAGACUUCCAGCUGGACAAGCCACAUACAGAACUACCUGUCAGGACUUCAGAAUCCUUGACCGAUACCAGACUUCCUUGCCGUCCAGGAAGGGAUUUCGACACCAGACCACCAAGUUUUUGUAUCGCUUGGUGGGAUCAGAAGAUAUGGCUGUGGACCAGAGUAUUGUCAGCCCUUAUACCUCUCGGAUCUUGAAACCUUAUAUCAGGCGUGAUUAUGAAACAAAGCCACCCAAACUGCAGCUCCUGUCACAGAUUCGUUCCCACCUGCACAGGAGCGACCCUCACUGGACGCCGGAGCCCGACGCACCUCUCGAUUACUGUUAUGUGCGGCCAAAUCACAUCCCAACAAUCAACUCCAUGUGUCAGGAGUUUUUUUGGCCUGGCAUUGACCUGUCUGAGUGUCUGCAGUACCCAGACUUCAGUGUUGUUGUUCUUUAUAAAAAAGUCAUCAUUGCCUUUGGCUUCAUGGUUCCUGACGUGAAAUACAAUGAAGCUUACAUUUCAUUUCUGUUCGUCCACCCUGAAUGGAGAAGAGCAGGGAUUGCAACUUUCAUGAUCUAUCAUCUGAUUCAGACCUGCAUGGGCAAGGACGUAACCCUUCACGUCUCAGCAAGCAACCCCGCUAUGCUACUGUACCAGAAGUUUGGAUUCAAGACUGAAGAAUAUGUAUUAGAUUUCUAUGAUAAAUAUUACCCAUUGGAGAGUACAGAGUGUAAACACGCAUUCUUUCUGAGGCUCCGGCGCUGAUGCGAAUACAGCUCACAGAGAAACGCAUGUGCUAUUGGAGAACAGGUCUUUGUGGAGAUCUAAAGGCAGUGAUUGAUUUCACAGGGAGCUCUAAUCUUCUCUGUGAUUACAUGGUCCUUCAAACUCCCAACCAAAGUGAGAAAAGCGGCAUGCAGUGAAAUGAGCAGUGAGCAGCCCUUUAGCAAAAUCACCCUCCAGUCCUUCCUGGAGAUGCCUUCGGCCAGCAUCCCAGACUCCACAGUUAAAUGAACGAUGUCGUGAUUCUCCCUCCACCUGACAGUUUGUAAGAGUGAAAGAGCAUCUAACCUGAUGCUCUUGGAGAGAGAUAACCUGUCUGUCAUAACUUAAAGGAUGAGAAAAUGUGGUGUAGCUAUUAAAGAUUCAUGCAGUCCCAAAAGGCACUGUCCUGGGAUGAUGAGAGAUUAUGAGGUGAUUUCGUAAAAGGAAUCCAACCCUGUGCCCGGCCAUUGAUGUGUUGUCAUUGAAUCCAGGAGGAUUUCUACGGCACUGAAGUUUUGUUGUUUCUUUUGCUGACUUUGGUUACAGUCAGAAAAAAUAAACUAGAUGUUUGUGUCUA